CUUUCGUUUCACCGGAGCUGCCGUUACAAAGAGCUGUACUGAGGGAAAUCUCAAGCCACUUGUGACAUCCAGAUCAAGCUCAAGAUCACUCCGGUGUAAACAAGAGCCAUGUGGCGUCACGCGAGGCUCUUUAUUUCCCCUGUCAGAAGCACAUCUACGAGCCGUACACUUCCCAUAACACGCUAUUUAAGGACACAGUGCAUCAAUUUACACCCCAGAGGCUUCACGAGACAUGACGUUGCGGAGACAAGCAGCCACGCGAGGAUACUAGAGGAGGACCAUCACACGGAAACCCACAAAGACACCCGCACCAUUGAUCACAUGGACCCAGUGGUGCUGAAGUACACGAACAUCAUCAACGAGCUGAGGAGUAAAUCAAGCGGGGUCGAAAGGGUUAACGAGACACACUUUGGCAGCAUCCGGUUCGAUAAUGAGAACUUGCCACACCUCCACGGGCAGUUCGAUGGUGAAUACGGGCCUGUCACCACCACCAGGGGGAAGGAAAGGGCAGCUAAAUAUCACCUCAAGUUGGACUCUACUGAAGGCCGUGCUGGUGUGGUGAAGAUCGCCGAGGAAGAUAAAAUAGAAAAUGGUCAUAAUGAAGCAAUGGAGGCUAGACUACACCCACCCACAGAGGAGCUAAUGACUGGUGGUGGUGGUAAAUCCAAAGAUGUAUCAGUAAUGGAAAGUGCCGCUCAUGAAAGUAAUUAUAUUGAUGAGUGUGUGUUUGGAAGUGCUGUCUCUUCACCAACAGCUAACCCAGUAAAGCCUCCAGUUGAGUCUCUGGGUGGUUCUGUUAACUCAGAACAUACUAAUUACAAAAUAGAUGAUAGUAAUGUCAGAAACCUCAAUUAUGUAGAUGAAGUGUUCUUUAAAAAUUCAUUAGAAAACCUGGAGAUAAACAGACAGCCGGCAAUUGAUUACUCUGAAAUUAAGAAGGACUUAGAAGAAACGUUGCUGUAUGGAGAGAAGCAUCACACUGAAGGAAGUAAAAUAGAUGAAGGAAAGGUGGUUGAUAAAGAGGCAAGACUUGUUGAACCAGACAGUAUGAAAAAUGAAGAUGACUUGUCAAGAAAUAAGACUAAGGAACAGUUAUCUACAACAGAAACUACUGAAACUCCCAAGUCAGCUUUUGAUUACAUAGUGAAGAAGAGACAGGAAGAACAUAAGAAGCAACAUGGCCUUAAUCAGACACCAGGUGAUGGUAGCAACAAAAGUUAUAAAAAAGUUUUGAGUCUGAUCAGCGAGAAAUCAAAAGACAAGUUUACAAGACAUGAUGUGCUGAAAACAUUAAAAUCCAGCAUUCUCUACAAUGACCAUGACAUAGUUGGGCUUUAUAAGCCAUAUGGAAUUGUCAUGCAUGGUGGAGGUGACUCUCGCUACCACGUCCUCACGGACUACCUACCAGACCUGGCAACUUUCCUGAAGGCAGAAGCUCUAUAUCCAGUCCAUAGACUAGAUGCUACUACAACAGGUGUUGUUCUUUUAGCUCGCACCCCAGCCAUGGCAGACAUCCUGAAGAGUAUGUUUAAAGAGCGUCAACUUAAAAAAAAAUAUUGGGCCAUCAUCAAAGGCACUCCAAAGCAUAUGCAAGGUAUAAUUGACAUCCCAAUAGCAGAAGGCAUGGUGGAUGGCCGUAGGCGCAUGGUACUGAAGCCUGACGUGAAGUCACUCAAGAGUACAAGUACGAAAAGUCAAAUUGCUGUCACCAAAUUCAAAGUAAUCAGCACAAGAAACAGUGCCACCCUUGUUGAGUUGUCUCCCCUGACUGGAGUGAAACAUCAGCUUCGUGUACACAUGGCCUUCGGACUUUCAUGUCCCAUCUUGGGUGACCACAAGUACUCACACUUGAAAAAACUCGCCCCACAAGCACUUCCUGGAGAUGUGCUGGACUGUCUUAGAAUAAAGCAGAGCAAAGUAAGGCAACUUCCCCUCUACCUUCACUGUAAAUCCAUCCUUGUGCCAGAGAUCUUGGAAGGGAGGAAUGUCUUUAUUCAGGCAAGGCUUCCUGCAUAUUUCAACAAGACAGUGUCUCUGCUGAAGCUAAACAGACAUGGAAGUAAAGUCAAGCUGGAAGAGCCAUUUACUUCCCCACCUUGAAAUUUCUCCUCUCCUCCAUCACCAUGGAAGACUGGCUAUAAGGUUAGUUUUGGUGUUUGUUUAUCACCUUGUGCAAAGUUAGAGUGGAGAUGAAAGGUAUACUAAACUUGUAUUUAACUUGUAAAUAAAAUCUGAAAUCUCUUACAUUAAAUGACAUGUUGUACAGAGAAAAACCAAGACUAUAGAUAUGGAAUCUUUAUUGAGCCCUUUCACUCUUCUAACUGCUGGAACUGGGUGGCUGAGGUCUUCUAUCCUCAAAGGAUUUUGUGUUCCUGCCAACGGCUAGCAGUCAGCCCAAUCCCUGAUGUGGAUUAGUUGAGGUGGAGCCUGAAACCUUUCCCCAUAAACUCUGAACCAUUCUUGGCCCAGAAUAGAAAGUAGACACCGAGGUUGAGGCUCCAGUCAUAACUCAGACCCUGUUCUUCGAGGGGGCUUGUUCGUGUGGCAAGUUCCUGUGAUGCAUCUGCAUCAGGCGACCGUGCUGCCGUGUUGGGUGCAAGGCAAAGCCCCUGGAACCCUUGCAUCCCUAAGGGGGAAGGACCCUUUUGCCUGGCAUUUUAUUUAGGGGGCAGCCAGGGUAGUGCAGAUUUUUUUAUUUAUUUAUUUUUUUUUACAUCCUCGCCUAUGCGCCGGUAGGCUUUCUUCAGGGUCCAGAUGGUCGGCCCAAGCCCAUCGUGGCACCGGCAGUUUUCUAUAGUGGCGCCAGUUAAGUUGAAGCGACAGACUUUAAAGAGGUUUGGCCACAUGGAGCGAAUGGAGGAGAGUAAGAUGACCAGAAGGGUGUAUGUGAGUGAGAUAGAGGGAGGGAAUGCUAGAGGACGCCCUCCAGUGAAAUGGAGGGAUAGGGUGCAAGAGUACGUUAGGGAGAGGGGGGAAAGAUCUUUGAGAAACUUUGAGCAGGCAAGGAGGGAGUGUCUGGAUAGAGAAAGUUGGAAGCUCUUCUGCCGUGGCCAUCCCCUGGUGGGAGCUCCUAGGAGCAGGCGUCGAUGAAAUGAUGAUGAUGAUGAUCAGGAAGUUUUGUGUUGGUUUCUAUGGCUCUGGUACUGCCAGGAAUGCCAGUAGUUUUCUCCUGAAUUUUGCAAGAUUCAGAAAGUUGAAUAUUGCUGGUUCUUAGUAUCAGAGACUAGAGGGCACUGCUGGCCAUGGUAUAGCAAUUCUUAUAGGAGACUGACCAUGUCCUCAUAAGUACUCAUUGGAGUAUCCUGUAGAACUGCAAGUUUUUUUCAGUGCAGAGUUUGUUUGUACACUCAAGCUUCAUGUCUCAAGAUGUAACUGUACUAUGUUUUAUUUAGAGAAACAGAAAGACUUGUGAAGUGCCUAUGCUGUGAGUCUCAAAUUAUUGCAAUGUUGUUGGUACCCUUGAAGAACCUGCAGAGCUGUGAAAUACCUUCGAACAUGAAACUCUCCCAGUGCCUCAUGAUACACUGAGUCAAAAACCUUCAAGAUCGAUAUAGGCUGCAAGUAGCCCUAAUCAAAACUCGCGUAAGCAUUCCACAAGGACGCAAAGUGCAAGCAUGCUGUCAAUUGUUGACCAGGCGUGAACCCGGAUUGCUUAGGUCUUGGAAACUGUAGCAGAUGAGAAGACCGUCAUUCUUUUUUCACUUUAAGUAUGUGGCACCUCAAUCAAGGCAACACAGACUUUUGGCGAGUACUGUUUAUGCAGCUUGUUUAAUGCAACACUGUGAUCAGGUGCAUUUACUGAUUAUCAGCUUGUUACUUGCCACUUUUACUUGGAGGCGUACAGGGCAAGAGAUAGUUUAAUGACUAAACCUAACUGGCUUUUAAAAGAAAACACUGCUGUAUAUUCAUUUGGAGAUAGGAUUUAUUUACAUUGCUUCAGCAUACAUUAAAUUUCAUAGGGGAUUGAGUCAACCCAUUCCCCCAAUGCAUAAAGCACAGAGUGGCAUUUAUCAAUAUGGCAAGAAAGGGGAGUAACUUUAAAUGGUGGAUACAUUGUGAAUAAUCCAUUCCUUGUACAAUGGGCCACUCAUCUUCAGGGCUCUGUCUGUGACACUUAAUACUUCCCCUUUUUUGUCACAUUACUAAAUUUUGCCAAAGUUUGUGAGCCGUAAGCUAAUACCAUAGUUGAGGGUUGGGGCAAGAAUUCAGUCUUGGGUGAAGAUCAAGUGAACAUAUGCCAGCUAAGGUGUGUAUGUAUAUGGCGGUGUGCUGGAGCAGAACAAGGUGAACAGCUGGAUGUGUUCACAGAAUCCUUUGAUUUCUCCCAUCUUAGCUUGCCACCAUCCCAAAUGAGUUACUCUCCAUUACAGUCCUAUGUUUGCUGUACAUUUUAACAUUAUCUCAUGGACUGUGAAAGGACCUUUCAAAGCAAGGCAAAAUUGCCAGCUAUUAGUUUAUGAAAUCAGUAGCUCAAGGAUCACGGAAAGACAUGUCCUCCAGAGUAAACAAUGUACGGAGACCACUGUGUUGAGAGACUGGGCAGAGUGUUCAAGCUCUGCAUGUACAUUGCCUUUGAGAGUUAAACAGUGCAACUGAACUUCAUAAACUUGUGCAAGAAAGAUUGGGAAGGAUAUACCUUUGGUUGACUAAAAAAAUAUAUAAAGAACAAAGUGGUCAACACUCAGGCCAUUAUCUUAAAUCUAUUAGUAAAAAACUUUACCACUGGAUUAUUCUUCUACGAAAGUUUGAUAUGAAUAUAAUAUGGUUGAUGUGAUAUUUUUUUUCUUUUAUGCUAUACUAGGAACCCUUCACCACAUUAAAAAGACUGACAACAAACAAACAAACAAAAAAGAAAAAAAAGUCUUGAUGCUGAGUUUCUAACUAGUCAUUUUUAAAACUAACAAAUAUGGCCACUAUAAGAAACUAAAAACAACACUGCAUGCUGGAUGUAUAUCACAACAGACA